UGUUCUUUGGUGCAUGUGAACGGAGGGAAAGAAAAGUUGUAUAUGCACAGAUAUCCCACGUUCAAUCAUCCCAUUAAUUAAUUGGAAAUUACGAUGAAAACGAGAUGAAGAAUGGCAGGCUCUUCGCAUUCAAUUUUUUUUCGUAUUUUUUUUUUAGUGGUUGUCGGUUUUUAGUUAAAAGCUGAGCUGUUAUCUUGACCUUAUUCCAUCUUUGAUCCAUAUAAAUACGACCACUUCCGCUUUCUGGCUCCUUCAGUAUCUGACUGCAUAUUUUUCAGUUUGUUUUGGGAGAGAAGUGAUUUCGGGCGAUGGCUACCUCGUUUAAUUCGAGAGAGCAGUCUGUGGUUGGAGUCGUGGUGGUGGUAGCUGCGUGCGUUCUGUAUGCUGGUGUCGCCUCCGCUGGAUGGCCAGCGACGAGCGUUAGCAUGGACCUGCUCCAUGGAAGAGGCAGAAUCAGAAGAAAGCUUCUCGAGAACGGCCUCGGUUUGACUCCUCAAAUGGGAUGGAAUAGCUGGAACCACUUUCAGUGUAACAUCAACGAAAAUUUGAUAAAGGAAACAGCGGAUGCGAUGGUCUCAUCCGGACUUGCUGCACUAGGAUAUGAGUAUGUAAACUUAGAUGAUUGCUGGGGUGAGCUUAACAGAGAUUCUCAGGGUAAUUUGGUUGCCAAAGCUUCAGCAUUUCCAUCUGGAAUUAAGGCAUUAGCUGAUUAUGUUCACAGCAAAGGCCUCAAGCUUGGGAUUUACUCAGAUGCUGGAUCUCAAACAUGCAGUGGAACAGUGCCUGGAUCGCUCGGUCAUGAAGAGCAAGAUGCGAAAACUUUUGCUUCCUGGGGGGUUGAUUACUUGAAGUAUGAUAAUUGUAACAAUCCCGGUACGAGUCCCAAGGAAAGGUACCCAAUCAUGAGCAAAGCCCUGUUAAACUCUGGAAGGAAAAUCUUCUUCUCUCUCUGUGAAUGGGGACAAGAAGACCCAGCAACUUGGGCUUCGUCCAUUGGGAAUAGCUGGAGAACAACCGAAGAUAUUUCGGACAACUGGGACAGAAUGACAUCUCGGGCAGAUCUGAAUGAUAAAUGGGCAUCUUAUGCUGGACCUGGAGGAUGGAAUGAUCCUGACAUGCUUGAAGUCGGAAAUGGUGGAAUGACCACAGAAGAAUACCGUUCGCAUUUCAGCAUAUGGGCAUUGGUCAAGGCUCCAUUGUUGAUUGGUUGUGAUGUGCGAUCGAUGAACAACACGACCCUCAUGUUGCUGAGCAACAAGGAAGUUAUUGCUGUUAAUCAAGAUGGGCUUGGCGUUCGGAAAAAGGUUAAGUCAGAUGGCAAUCUUGAGGUUUGGGCAGGUCCCCUCAGCGCAAACAAGGUAGCAGUGGUUCUAUGGAACAGAGGUUCAUCGAGAGCUACAGUCACUGCCUCUUGGUCUGACAUUGGCAUCAAUUCUACAACAGUAGUCGAAGCUAGAGAUUUGUGGAUGCAUUCCACCCAAAAUUCAAUCAAGGGACAAAUCUCAGCUGAUAUCAACUCCCACGAUUGUAAAAUGUAUGUUUUGACUCCACAAUAACAUGGAGACAUCAGGAGAACGGAAACCGGGUUGCAGCUGAGGUUGUGCAGAAUUAAAUCUGUGCUAAUUUGAUCCUGUUUCAUCAUUGAUGUAAGAAAUAAACCAGAGAAUCGUUAAUAAGAUAUGAUAACCAAUUUCACCA